AUGUACAAAAAAGCCGAAAUCAGAGAGCAUCUCAAGAAGAUGGAAGAGAUGAUGAGUGAGUUGGAAAUCCGCGGCUGGGAACCAAAAGAAAAUGUGGAGUUGAAGGAUUUGGCUUUUUUGCCGGAGAGUCGGGUUGUGGAGAUUUAUGAGAGGGUGGAUGCGUUUGUGAAGAGUGUUACUCUUCUUGAUGGGAAGAAGAAGACUGCGUCGCUCCGGGGUGAGAAGGGGGCCCGUGGUGCGAAAGGGUGGAAAGGGAGGAUUUUGGGGAGAGUUUUUGUGAGGAAGGAGAAGAAGAAGGCCGACGCUCUCCAGAAGAAGGCGGCUUCUGAGCCAACGAGGGUGGCGAAGCCGAAACCGAUCAGGUACUGUCAUGAGACGAGACAGGUCUCGCAGGACGCGAUCGAUUUGGCGGGGUUGAGAGUGAGGUUGGUGUGCUUGGAGAAGCGGUACGACGAGAAGAGGAUGGAGAAGUGGCCGGAGGCCACGAUUUUGGUUGAGCAGAGGUUUUGUAGGGAGAUGCCACUCCUUGACGACGUCGAGCCAAACCGUGACUCUGGGGUGGAAAUGGGGGCUGAGGCGGCUGGUAGGCCUGAGGGCGAGAGUCCUGGGGAGUCGACAUCAGCGAGACAGGAUGAGGUCGAGGCCGACGUGCCGCCUCUCUUUUGCGUUCAGCUAUACGAUGCUCCCUGGAGUGACGACGAAGCCUGA